AUGAACAAGGCAGGUAAGCGCGCGCUGUACGUGGGCGGCCUGGACAAUCAGGUGACGGAGCAGGGGCUGUACACGGCUUUCGUGCCUUUUGGUCCCAUCAAGAGUGUACAGAUUCCACUAGACUAUCACUCGCAAAGAGGCAAAGGCUUCGGGUUUGUCGAAUUCGAGGAAGAAGCGGAUGCUAGAGCAGCUAUUGACAAUAUGGACGAAUCGGAGUUGUUUGGGAAAACUUUGCGCGUAACCAUUGCCAAGCCAGAUCGACCGAAACUCGGCUCCAACAAGCCAGUGUGGGCGGAAGCGGACGAUGCUGAAGAUCCAAACGAGAACGGGGAUAGUGGCAAGUCACAGACAUAA